AGUUCCGGGUGCGCUGCCCCGGAUGUUGGCUGCUCCCGCUGCCGCCGCUCUCGGCGCUGCUCGGGGCCUCAGCAGCUCGCACCAGGCACCGUUGGGACUUUUCCUGGGGGGUGGAGACGCACGCAGAGGCCGGGGGUUCGGCCGGGCCGGCCCGGCCUGCGCAGCCUGAGAUUCUUUUUGUGGCCAGAUGGGUUUGUAUGGACAAACUUGUCCAUCUGUAACUUCAUUAAGGAUGACAUCUGAACUGGAGAGCAGCCUAACAUCUAUGGACUGGUUACCACAGCUUACUAUGAGAGCAGCCAUCCAGAAGUCUGAUGCUACACAAAAUGCACAUGGAACAGGGAUUUCCAAGAAGAAUACGCUGCUUGAUCCAAAUACAACCCUGGACCAGGAGGAAGUCCAACAGCACAAAGAUGGGAAACCUCCGUACAGUUAUGCCAGCCUCAUUACAUUUGCGAUUAAUAGUUCACCCAAAAAGAAAAUGACUCUAAGUGAGAUUUACCAGUGGAUUUGUGAUAACUUUCCAUAUUAUAGAGAGGCUGGCAGUGGUUGGAAGAAUUCAAUACGACAUAAUCUGUCAUUGAACAAGUGUUUCCUUAAAGUGCCUCGAUCCAAGGAUGAUCCCGGAAAGGGGUCUUAUUGGGCAAUUGACACCAAUCCGAAGGAAGAUGCGCUACCUACUCGGCCAAAGAAGAGGGCACGAUCUGUAGAACGGGCCUCAACUCCAUAUAGCAUAGAUUCAGAUUCUUUGGGAAUGGAGUGCAUUAUUUCGGGAAGUGCCUCUCCAACUCUGGCAAUCAACACUGUGACUAACAAAGUAACGUUGUACAACACUGAUCAGGAUGGUAGUGAUAGUCCACGCAGUAGCCUUAACAACAGUCUCUCAGACCAGAGUUUGGCAUCUGUUAAUUUGAACAGUGUUGGAAGUGUGCAUAGUUAUACACCAGUGACCAACCAUCCAGAACCAGUCUCUCAAUCAUUAACUCCUCAGCAGCAGCCACAGUACAACUUACCAGAACGAGACAAACAACUGCUUUUCUCAGAAUAUAAUUUUGAAGAUCUCAGUGCCUCAUUUCGGAGCCUUUAUAAAUCAGUCUUUGAACAGUCACUUAGUCAACAAGGUUUGAUGAAUAUCCCUUCUGAAUCUUCCCAGCAGUCCCACACUUCGUGUUCCUAUCAGCAUUCUCCUAGCAGUACAGUGAGCUCUCACCCACACACCAACCAAAGCAGUCUGUCCAAUAGUCAUGGCAGUGGCCUAAAUCCCACAGGCAAUAAUUCAGUUACACAAGUCUCACUACCCCACCCACAGAUGCACCCACAGCCGUCUCCCCAUCCAACCCAUAGACCACAUGGCUUACCACAGCAUCCCCAGCAUCCCCAGCACCCAGCACCGCAUCCACAGCAACACAGCCAGCUCCAGGCCCCUCACCCCCAGCACCCAUCUCCACACCAACACAUACAGCACCAUCCGAACCAUCAGCACCAGACGUUAACACAUCAGGCACCUCCACCUCCACAACAAAUCUCCUGUAAUUCUGGCAUUUCAAAUGAUUGGUAUGCAACACUUGAUAUGCUGAAAGAAAGCUGUCGAAUUGCCAGCAGUGUUAAUUGGUCAGAUGUAGACCUUUCACAGUUUCAAGGUUUGAUGGAGAGUAUGAGACAGGCUGAUCUCAAGAACUGGUCUUUAGAUCAGGUCCAGUUUGCAGAUCUCUGCUCUUCUCUUAAUCAGUUUUUUGCACAAACUGGCCUUAUCCACUCACAGAGUAAUGUUCAGCAAAAUGUUUGUCAUGGUGCCAUGCAUCCAACAAAACCUUCCCAACACCUUGGAACAGGCAAUAUGUACAUAGACUCUAGGCAAAAUCUUCCUUCUUCAGUGAUGCCACCCCCAGGUUAUCCUCAUAUCCCACAGGCACUUACAACUCCAGGAACAACAAUUGCAGGCCACCAUGGAGCCAUGAACCAGCAGCACAUGAUGCCUUCCCAAGCCUUCCAGAUGCGACGCUCCCUGCCUCCAGAUGACAUCCAGGAUGAUUUUGAUUGGGAUUCAAUUGUGUAGGGCUUGUUUCUCUGCAAGGCACCAAACCCCAGCAUCACCUUUCUGUGCAGUGAAGGGAAAGGUUUCUGAAAAUCCAGUUGAGAAAGUUGUUAAUAACUUUACCAAUGUUAUUGAAAUUUCUUUUGAAGACAAUCAACAAGAUUUUAGCUGGAUAACUUACUGCUUUUAUCUGACCCAGACAAGUACUACAUGUUUGUCUCCCUGCCAGCCUCCCCAUGUAGCUCCUACCUGUUGUGUGAUUUGACGGCUUUUGCAUAUUUGUGUCAGUUUUGAUGUUGACCACAAGUGCCAGACUGAUUUUCAGACAGAGCCUAUUUUGCUGCAAGCAAUUUAUAAAUCCAUAUGUGUAAAUAUAUGUACAAAAAUUAAUCAAAGGGUUCAGGGUUUGUUUUUUUAAAAUAAUUGGAUUAUUAUGUCUUGGAAAGAAAGUUACUGUGAGUUUUUAUUCCCUACUAGGCCAUUUUCUGCAGGAUAUGUUUUAUUCAUGUAAGCAAUGAAGGGAAACAGAUUUUUCCAAAGCUUAGUAAUUCCUCUUCAUUUAAUCCUUUACAGAAAUGUGGGUAGUGAAUUCCACCAAGUCAAGGAACCCAGAGUUUGAUACUCUUCAAAAGUUCAAAGGGUUGUGUUGUUUCUGAGCAGCAUAAAGGAAAUGUGUUUUCAUACCUGGAGGAUUAAAGAGUUUAUGCUGUAUCUUGUCAGUGUCUAUUUUCAUAAAUCUGCAUUGUAACAAUUUAAAAAUUAUUUGAUCAUUUAGAAGCUGGGCACUGUUUAGGUCUCUAAAGAAAUCAUUGCUUCCGUAUUCACUUGGGUAUUUAUUAUUUUAAAAUGUUAUUUUAGUAUUUAUUAUGAUUUUCUGUGAAUGCUCAGCUCCUGUUUGGUUCAUUACAAGAAUUGCGGUAUCUGAAAGCACAGGAAU